AUUCCUAGCAGCAUCACUGGUACUUCUCAGCAUCCCGGAAGUCCAGCAUCAUUUUCUCUUUCAGGAAGAGAGAGACGCAUCAUCGCCAGAGCUUUGACAACAACGGGGACACUGGCAAAAACAUCGGCCAGGCCGGCAGACAUUCACUCUGUUUUGCAAGUGGAAAUCCAAUGAAAAGGGUGCAGAAAGGGUAAACAUGGUGUCAUCACUUUUAUGAGUGGGAGAGAAAGUCAGGCCUCCGAAGAUCUUUAGUACAAAUGAAGUGACCAACAGGAAACAAUGUCAUCGUUCCAGGUGGUGGAUUCAUCGCCGGGCAGCAGCGUCAGCGUGAUGGAAACGUCCAACUUUGCCCACGUUAUUUUUCAGAAUGUGGGGAAGAGUUUCCUACCCCAGGCACCCUUGGAGUGUCGUUACACCCUGACCCCUUACAUUACUCCCCACCCCAAAGACUGGGUGGGCAUUUUCAAGGUGGGUUGGAGCACAGCCAGAGAUUACUACACCUUCGUUUGGUCUCCUAUGCCUGAAAACUAUGAACCAGGAAGUACUGCGCACAGGGCUGUGGUGUUUCAAGCUUAUUAUGUUCCUAAAUCUGAUGGAGAGUUUUACCAGUUCUGUUACGUCACUCACGCUGGUGACAUCAGAGGAGCCAGCACACCCUUCCAGUUCAGGUCAGCCACGCCCACCGAAGAGCUGCUGACUGUUACUGAGGAUGACAGCAACUCCGACAUACUGGUCGUCACCACCAAAACGGGCCUGCUAGAGCGUGUGGAGGAAGCACAGCAGGAGCGCAGGGAACUGCUGAAAGCUAUGCGUCUCCUGCAAGAGGAGAAGCAACAGCUGCAGGAGGAGCAGAAGCGACUGGCCAGGGAAAGGGAGCAGGAGAGGGAGACGUGCUGCCUGCUGCGGACACAUAACCAGGAGCUGCUGCGUUCUUCACAGGGCCUGUCAGAAGAGAGGGAGGAGGUAAGGCGGAGGCUGACAGAGGCUACGGACCGAGUACGCCAGCUAGAGGAGGACCUGCUGGGAGUCACUCAGAGGGGCCUGCAAAAGGAGACAGAGCUGGAUUGUCUGCGUGAUCGCUUAAAGAAGCUGACAGCAGAGAGAGACAGUCUGGAGAGCCAGCUGAAGAAUGAGAAGGAUGAGCGAGAUCUUUAUAAGGCCCACCUGCGCAGCACAGAACUGGAGAACACUAAGCUGAGCGCAGAGCUUCAGAUGCUAAAGGCGGUGGAGCUGAACCGGGAGGUGACCAUCGCUCAGUUCCAAGAGGAGCUGGAGAGGCUCAGGGCCUGCGUUGCACAGAGAGACAGUCUGGAGAAAGAGCUGCUGGCACACAAAGCUGACAAAGCAGAGCUGGCCCGUGUACGUGAGCAGCUCCGUCAGGCUGAGGAGCAGCUCCAGGCAUCCCGGCAGCAGGCCUCUCUGCUAGCCUCGGAGCUGCGUGACUCAGCCAGUACUCGCGACCACACGAUGACCGAGCUUUACCGCGCCCGCUUAGAAGCCGACAAGCUCCGUGCCAGUUUAGCUGAUGCCCAGGCAGAGUGCCAACGCAUGGAGAGCCAGCUUGACCGCAUGAGGAGCACUGCACAGAAGGAAGUGGGUGUUGGGACCAAUGGGGACAUGACCCCCAACAUGAUUGUGGUGUCAGAGGCAGAGGCUGAGCUGCAGAGGGAAGUGGAGGAGCUGAAGCUGCGUCUCCACAUGGCUGCUGAGCACUAUAAGGAGAAGUACCGGGAGUGUCAGCGCCUCCGCAGACAGGUGGCCAAACUGAACACAGCGGAGUCCCAAGGGGAGCCAAAGAGAAAUGCAUCUACUGAGACAACACUGGAGCCACUGACCCCUAGUCCAGAGUCACCAACAGGAGGAAAUAUAGCUGCGGCAGUCCUACAAGAAGCUGUUGAGAUGACAAUCACUCCAGACGUCAGCAACAAGGAAGUCACAAAUGCUGAUACACAAGUGUGCACAGAGAAGGAGGAGCAGAAGACACUGAAUACACUUGAAGAGAAAGCUGAGGUGAAGGUUGAAAGUCAAGUUAAACAAAUGGAUGAGAAUGAAAAAGAGGAGUGGAAGGAGAGCCUGCCGGAAGAGAGCCUGAGGAUGGCGAGUUGGGUAGAAGUGGAGAACGAGAGGCUGGGCGCUGAGGAAAACAGUGAGGUGGAAGGGGCCCUGAAUAUGGAGGAGCUGAGGGACGGUGCCGAGGAGCAGGGGCUGGAGGUAGAGGAGAGGUGCAUGGAAGAGGCAGAGAAGGAGCAGACUCGUUCAGUGGAGGAGGAGCUGGCAAUGAUGGAGGAGAAAUGGAGGGAGCAGUGCGCAAUCAACGAGACACUCAAACAACGGCUGGCUGACGAGGAGGAGCGAUUCAGAGUCCAAAUGGCAGAGAGAGCCAGCGAGGUCACCGAACUGAAACGCAACCUUGCCCAGGCUCUCAGAGACAAAGAGCAAUUACAGGAGCAGUUGCAGCGUUACAUGUCCAGGCAGAGGGAGCAGGAGGUUGCUGUUCAGGGUGCUGAGGUCCGGCAGCCAAUGGUGCUGCGCUACCCUCUGCCCUACCCCCAGCAUCCCUCCCCUCCGCCGCUGGUGCCGCAGAGGCCCGCUGAGCUGCAGUACGGCAAUCCUUACUCCACCGACACCACAAGAGAUCGGGGGGAUGUUGCACUUUCCCCUGAGCACGUGUCCCGUCCCCCACCUGAGGCUCCAUCCUGCACCCCUCCCUGCGCACCUCCGAUCUCACCGUCUAGCCCGGGUCCGGGAGCACCAGGCUGGGAUCGAGAGGUGGUCUGCAUCCAACCCUCCCGUAGCACAAGUCCCCCCGAGACCCUCGAGCAUCCACCAGAGGAGCCACAAAAUGUGGGAGAUGGGGCUCAGCAGUCCUGUGAUCAUCAGCCCAACAGACGCAGUGAAACCAGGAGCAGCUUCUGCUUUGACUCCAGUAGUGACGUUCACAAGCGCUGCCCGCUGUGCGAGGUGAUCUUCCCGCCGCACUUUGAGCAGCGCAGCUUCGAGCAGCACGUCCAGAGCCACUGGAAGGUGUGCCCCGUCUGCUCCGAGCAGUUCCCGCUCAACUGUCAGCAGCAGCUCUUCGAGCGGCACGUCCUCACGCACUUUGACGGCCACGUCCUCAACUUUGAGCAAAUCGAAUGAAGGGGAGGGGGUUCCGGCAUACUGUAUGGGUAAAUAUGUGUCGCUAUUAGUUGAUUUUGACUCGGGUUUGGUUGAUUUAUCUUGUUAACAUACAAUCAUUUGCACUUUUGUUGUGAUUUUUCUCGGGGGUUUUUUUUUUCCUUUUUGUUUGGAACGUUUAAGAGAAUGUAGUCUACUUCUGAAAGGAAGCAGAGUUUGUACUUAGGCGGCUAGUCCUCCCAAGUUAUUUAGCAGCUUUUCACGUUAACAUACAAUCAUUAACAUUCAGGAAUAGUGCCACAAUCCUUUGCUUUUCUAGCAUCUUUCUCCUUCAAGGGAUUAAAUGCACAAAUAUAUAUAUUUUGUGUUCCAAAACAAUUCACAGACACAAAGCUGAACUGGGACUCCGAGGGAAAGCAUCCUAAACGUCCCUGUUCUUUUAACUUCUCCGAACAUGCAUACACCAAGUGAGAAAUCAUCCAAGGCAGUGAGUCGUCCUUUAUUUGUCCUCAGAGUAUGAUGCUUCGCAAGACGCGAGAGAUAAGAGCAUAAAUGCAAAGUGAAUAUGAAUAUGUGACAUCUUAAAAGAGUCGCCUGUGCGUGUACAUAAAAAGUGAAGAACUGUGUGGUGGAGAUGAAAUAUUGUACGUAUGAGAUGGUUUAAACACAAAAGAAAACAGCACUACAUUUUCAUGUAUCUGCACUAAAUAAGGCUUUAUUCUGAAUGUACUGUACAUAAAUGAAAAGAAAUAUAAAUUGUGGCGAUACCUGUGAAUUACGUUGUGAACCCGCCUCCCCUUAUCGUUACCUCCCUCAUAUUUAAAAGAAGACAGGACCAAUGAUGUUUUACUUCCUGGCGUGCACUUUCUUGAUCUUAGGUCGGCCGUACGAAGCUGGGCUUAGGAGAUAAUGAACCUCGUUUUUGGCUAAACUGGCUGCCGGACACGGGGUUAGACUUGUUACGUACUUUCAUGUUUUACAGUCACAGUCUGUUAGCCCUCAUGACUGAAUGUCGUUUAUGUGCGUCUUCACGGGGCUUCAUCACCACCGCUUGUUUAUUUCAGUCAUUAUGCGUGUUGUAACCAGGCUUUUUAAAAAAAAAAAAGAAAAAGGAAAGAAACGCACAUGUCCAGUCAUCACAAGACAAAACUGUGUAUGUAUGUCACGUGUCCGAUGCAGGCCUUUUCAUGUGAGAAUGGUUUAAGUGGUGCUGCAAAGAUCUUUAUGAAUAAAGUCAGCUUGUCUAAAUGCA